AUGAUUGAUUGCGUCGGACCAUUACCUAAAACUAAGCGAGGUAAUCAAUAUUUAUUGACAAUUAUGUGUGUUUCGACCCGUUUUCCUGAAGCAAUACCACUUCGAAAUAUCAAGGCUAAAACCAUUGUAGAAGCACUUACAAAGUUUUUCACUUUAGUUGGUCUUCCAAAAUCCAUCCAGUCUGACCAAGGUUCGAAUUUCACGUCAGGGUUGUUUCAACAAAUUAUGCACGAACUAGGUAUUAAACAAUACAACUCGUCAGCUUAUCAUCCAGAAAGUCAAGGCGCUCUGGAAAGGUUUCACCAAACAUUGAAGCAAAUGAUUAAGACAUAUUGUUUUGAAACUGAGAAAGAUUGGGACGACGGCGUCCAUUUCCUUUUGUUCGCGGCUCGUGAGUCAGUUCAAGAAUCAUUAGGGUUUAGUCCAUUUGAGUUAGUUUUCGGUCACACGGUUCGGGGACCGCUCAAGCUUUUAAAGGAAAAGUUGCUUAUCGACGACGGUGGUUCAUUGAAUAUUUUACAGUAUGUAACGGACUUUCGUACCAAAUUAACUAAGGCUUGUGACCUAGCACGUAAGAACCUUAAAACAGCUCAAAAUCGCAUGAAGCACAGUUACGACAAAAACACCGUAACUCGGAAUUUUCAGAACGGAGAUAAGGUUAUUGCACUUCUUCCGGUUCCUGGAAACCCCUUGCAAGCUAGGUAUUUUGGGCCCUAUGUUAUAGAAAAGAAAGAGAAUGAUUUAAACUAUAUAAUCAUAACUCCAAAUAGACGUCGAAAGAAACAGCUUUGCCAUGUAAAUAUGCUUAAAGCGUAUCACGAAAGAAAGAAAGUAGUACAGUCCGUAAAUGUAGUGAGUUCAGAUAGAGAUAGGUAUAGUAAUGAGGAUGAAUCUGAUCUCUCUAGUUUGUCUGAGACAACAAAAUUGAGCAACUCCGACGUUUUACGAAAUAUGGAUUCGAAGUUAUCUCAUGGCUGCGAAGGUUAUAUUGAUGACGUGAUCAUUUAUAGUGACACCUGGGAAGAGCAUCUGGAAAUAUUACGAAAGUUUUUCAAACGGUUAAGCGAAGCCAAGUUAACCAUAAAUUUAGUCAAAAGUGAAUUCGGUUGUGGUCAUGUUACAUACUUGGGCCAUAUCGUUGGCCAAGGCCAAGUAAAACCCGUCAACGCCAAAGUCGAGGCGAUUGCAGAUUUCCCACAGCCUACAACGAAAAAACACAUCAUGCGACUGCUCGGAAUGGCGGGUUAUUAUCGUAAGUUUUGCCCAAACUUUUCAUCAAUCACGGAACCCUUGACGCAGUUGCUUCGCAAGGAUAUGAAAUUUGUUUGGACAGAACAAUGUCAGAAAGCAUUCGAGAAACUCAAAGCUAUGCUACAAAAUGCCCCAGUUUUGUCGGCACCAGAUUUCAACCGCCCCUUCAAGUUAGCGGUCGACGCGAGUGAUGUUGCAGCCGGUGCAGUUUUACUACAAGAAGGUCAGUUUGGAGUUGAUCACCCGGUAUGUUAUUUCUCUCGAAAGUUCAACAAACACCAGCGGAAUUAUUCUACGAUCGAAAAAGAAUGUCUUGCACUUGUUCUCGCGCUUCAGCAUUUCGAAGUUUAUGUUUCUUCAACUUCUGUUCCACUCCAGGUGUUUAGCGACCAUAAUCCUCUAAUGUUUCUCCAUAAAAUGAAGAACAAGAACCAACGUUUACUGCGGUGGAGUCUCAUUUUGUCAGAAUAUGACAUGAAGAUGGAACAUAUUAAAGGACAAGACAAUUUACUCGCUGACUGUCUAUCACGACCAUGAACAUGCAAUUAUACGAACACGUUAUAUAUCUUGUACUUUCAAGAAAGUUCUGCAAACUUUCUUUCCUUUAAGGGGGAGGGUGUAACAUGGCAGUGUUAUACCAUGUUAUUUAAUAUAUUCAAUACUAUAUUCAAUACUAUAUAUUCAGUAUACUGUUAUAAUUAUAAGAGGAAGACCUUAGGCAACCUUCCUCGCAUGAAUAAGCAAAUAUUUAGAGAAAUUAAAGAACCACGGGAAACGCCUAGUACCACAAACCACGCAAACAGGACAUAGUUUUGUGGUUGAUAAACACUGCUAGAACUUGCUUUGACAAACAUAUUGCGUAGAGGAAAUUAGUCAUAGUUACAGAUUUCUUCCUCUAAAAUUUAUUAUAAAAGCUGAGCACAACCUGAGAGUCGGGAGCGGAGAGUGAAGUGAGAAGAGCCAUUUAGGCUAAAAUACUUCAUAA